GCCUUGCACUUAGUCCCUCAUAUAACUCGUCGCUCCUCGCUAGUCUCGUCGCUAGUAGUGCUUCUUCUCGCCGACAUGAAGUACCACACCCCCUCCCCGAUGCUGCUGCUCGCGGUACUGCUGCUUGCAGCCGGCGCGGCUACGGCAAGCACGCCCUUCUUGUCCUGCACGGAGGCCCACGACCCGAUCGCGCUGCGCAUCAAGGGUUGCGCCAAGCAGCCGUGCCUGAUCGAGAAGGGGUCGGUCGCCGUCAUGGAGGUGGACUUUGAGGUCGGCUGGGACGUGACGCAGCUCGACGUGGCGGUGACGGCCUACGCCCUGGGCACGGUCGUCAACUUUCCCCUCAAACAGAAGAACGCGUGCAUGUCGUUGACCAACGCAGAGUGUCCCCUCGACCAGUACGAAGAGAUUACCUACAAGCUGGAGCUAGAUAUAGACUCCAACUACCCCAAUAUUUCACCCGCCGUGGAAAUCGCUCUCCAAGAUGAGAGCAAGAAGACUAUGAUGUGCUUCCGAGUAAACUUACAAGUCGUAGACCCAGCGUAAACGCCAUUAUCUCCUACAUAUUUAUAAUUUAUUUAUUUAUUUUUGAAAAAAGGUAUAAGAAAAAUAUUUUUGUUUUGUUGACACAUUCUCUGCGGCCCAUUAUUGAUGCUUUAACGUGAGAGCGUGACCACAUACUGGUCAUGCCUCAGGGAACGUGGCAAAGAAUUAAAUGGUACACAUGAGCCAGUUCCGGUCA